AUGUUUCCCUCGCUCCUCUCGCGCGUGGCGUCCCCUCUCCUCACCACCGCGUGCACCUCCACUGCCUCGUCGCAGCAGCAGGCGGCAGCCCCUCAUCCGCAGGCGCUGAGGCUCCCGCCGCCGCCGGGGAACAACUACAAGCCCAUCGCCACGACGCUGGUGGCGGCGGCCGCGGCGGGGCUCCUGCUUCUGUCCCCUGCUCCCGCUCCGUCCCGCGCCGACCCGGAGUUCACGGUGUACUACGGCACGGCGGCGAGCGCGGCGAACUACGGCGGGUACGGCGGGAACGCGAGCAAGAAGGACACGGCGGAGUACGUGUACGACGUGCCGGAGGGGUGGAAGGAGCGGCUGGUGUCCAAGGUGGAGAAGGGCACCAACGGCACGGACUCGGAGUUCUUCAACCCGCGGAAGCGCGCGGAGAAGGAGUACCUGACGUUCCUGUCCGGGAUCCGCGCGCUGGCGCCGCUCAGCGCCGUGCUCGACAACCUGGCGCUCUCCGACGUCGGGCUGCAGGACCAGAUCGCGACCGCCGACGACGUGCGCUCCGCCGAGCGCGCCGACGGCGCCGGGCAGGUGUACUACGAGUACGAGGUGGCGGGCGCCGGCGCGCACAGCCUCAUCUCAGUCACGUGCGCGCGGAACAAGCUGUACGCGCACUUCGUCACCGCGCCCAACGCCGAGUGGAGCCGCGACGAGGCCAUGCUCCGACGCCUGCACGAGUCCUUCAAGACCAUCCAGCCCGGCGCCCCGCCGCCGGCCACCGAGACCUAG